AUGGGAAAGAGUACCUGGGUCGGAGGCAAUGUUGUGUGAAGCACCGGUAUCCAUAAGCUAUGUGGGUUCACGAAGAGACAUAGUGGCAAAAUGGUGAGCUAGGGCAGUGGGUGUGGGUGGGUAGGGUGUCGAGUAGGCUGUGGGUUGGGGGGUUGUGGGGCUGUCGCGGGGCUGGGGGGUAAGGUGGCGGGCAUGGGGAGUUUGGUGGGUAAGGAUAUGGGUUCGAGGGUGGGGUAGUUGUGUAAUAUGCAUGGGCGUGAUAGGGGUGGGGAGCAGGAGUGGGUCGAGGGCCCAGCACCUCGGGGCUAGGGUCUGGGUAAGGUGAGUUCCAAGGAUUGUAGGCGUCCGUUGGCGGUCGUUAUCUUGAACCUCCACUUUUACACCCUCAACCAUGACCCCAGUUACAAUUGUCGUGCCCUUGUCUGCGUCCAUAGCCAUCACGCUGCCUGGAGGAAGGAUCAUCACCAUAAGUGCUGCCAAAAACGGGUCCCCCGCUACCAGAGUUCCUGCCGUGUGGAGCGCCAUGGUUACCGCCGCUGCUGUGCUGUCCGCCGGUGAAGCCGCCGCCGUCUCGACCCGCCAGCAGCGCGGUGCUACUGGUUCCGCCCAGGGGGUCCGCUUUCGGUCGAGGAGGGAAGGGCCGACCGGACCUGGAGAAAACUCGGAAUGGGAUCCUGAAAUUGGAGGAACGAGACACGGGGGCAUCGACAUCGUCCAACCAAUCCGCAAUAUUUCUGAGAUCUUGACAAUAUGUGGCCAUGGGAGUGGAUCCCUUAACGGUGGUACGAAAUUGGUGCUUGAGUUGCAUGGCACAAGCAUGUUUGUUGUCGUGAAACAGGUCAUGAAUCACCGUCUAGAGUGCAGAGGCAGUGGAUACAGAGGAGAGAACCAGAUCAGAAACUUCAUUAGUAAUUGUGGAGAGAAUCCAGCCCUGGAGGAUGGCAUCAAGCUGGAACCAUUCAUCAUCAUCGUCGGAGAGAGGGACGAUGGAGCCGUUGAGAUAACCAGAGAUUGAACCGGCGUGCAAGAAGAAGAAACAGACGGCUUCACU